GAUAGCACGAACACUGUUGUCCUUUUAGGGUAGAUUAAUAUUAUCCACUUCUCCAAGAAAAAGGGCAUCGUGGCGGUUGAUUUGGGGGCUUGCUCUAUAUUUUCGCUGACGAGAAUUUUGCUGAGUGUCUGUUUAAUUUGAUUGUACCUUUUUCUAUAUUGGCUGUACCUGUAGAGCUGAUUUUGGUCUGUGUACCGUUAGGUCAAGAAAAUGGCGGAGGAUCUGCGUGGACCUGUUGAAGGUGUCGUUUCAGUGGAGCUCCCGGCGCCUGCCGCUUGGAAAAAAUUGUGCAUGACAAAGAAGGUUGGUGCUUCAAGAAAGAAUGAGGUUGUAUUCAUUGCACCUACCGGAGAGGAGAUUAGUAGCCGGAAACAACUGGCGCAGUACCUAAAAUCACACACUGGAAAUCCGGCAAUAUCAGAAUUUGAUUGGGGAACUGGGGAGACUCCUAGGAGAUCAGCAAGAAUCAGUGAAAAAGUCAAGUCAACACCUCCUUCAAAAGAGACUGAACCGCCUAAGAAACGAGUCAGGAAAUCGUUGGGUACAAAGAAAGAAAAGGAAAUGGAAACUGGAAAAGAAGAAACAGGGGGAAAGAAAGACGCUGAAAUGCUGGAUGCUGAAGUUGAUGAAAAGAAAAAUGACGGGGGAAAGGAAAUUGAUCUGAGGGAUGAAAAUGAAGUCAAAACUGAAGGUAAAAUACAAGAAGACGCUGAUAAGAAAAGUGACACUGAGAUCAAAUUGGACGGGAAAGAUCCAGAAGAAAAUGUUGUGACUGAAGAAAUGCCUAAGAUAGGAGAAAAAGUCGAAGAAGAACAAGUACCUUCGUCUGGAAAACCAGAUUCCAAACCUGGAAAUGUUGGGGUAGAUGAUGAGACACAGGAUAAGCCAGAAAGCAUCACUGAAGCGGCCAAUGGAGCUGAAACUAAUGACGUCCAAGAGAGUAGUGGCAUAUUUAAUUUGCAGGUGAAUAUAGAAGGGGACAUCAUGGAAAAUGGAAAGGUUAACCUAUCAGGGAACACACUGGCUCCAAAUAAUCCUCCUCCUGUUCCUUUCGGAUGUUAAGUGUAUUUUGUCAUUUUGCCAUAGAGGAUAUUUUAUCUGCUUCACUACCUUCUAAUAUUCGCUUGUAAACAUAUAUAGUCCCAGACUUAGCUUAAUGUAAGCAUAAUGGUUAUAAGUGCAAGAUUCUCAAGUUUAGUUAGGGAAUCAACCUUCAGGGUUGAUGACGUUGUACCUUUUGUUAUGCAAAUAAUGUAUUAGAUUGGAAUAUGAGGACUUGUUAGUUUGCCAUAC